CAGCUUUCAUAUUUAAUCAUACAAUAAAUCUCAUCCUUCUUCUAAGUCUCCUGAUUUAUAUAUCUUAUUCUAUAAACCUAUAAUAAUUUGCUUCUAAAAAAGCUCGGGUCCAAUGUCACCGAAUGAAACCCGAAUAUAUCGAAUAGGAUGUGCAGACUGAGCUAUAGCUUAGUAAUACGCCCAAGACAGAGCGGGGGAAUAUUCCAAGAUCGUAGUGGGGGGUUAGCUCUCCGAUAUGUAACUUUAUUAGCAUGUAGAUGUUUGGUAUAUAUAUAAGAUCUUUGUAUACCUAGACCUAUACUAUAAAAGCACAUCUCGUGCAAGAGGCGGCAAAAAUCAUAAAGCUCGUCAAGUAAUAAAGCAAGCCGUUAAAAUAAACACUCCUCUCGCCCAUCCCUCAUCUUUCCAAGUUCCAACUGCUGCUGAGAUAUCCAACCAAGAUGUCGGCCCCUCCUAGCCUUCCGAAGAUGACCUACCGGUUCCUGGGCCGAUCGGGUCUCCAGGUCUCAGCGAUCUCCCUAGGUGGCUGGCUCACCUACGGCGGACACGUCGAUAACGAAAAUACUUUCACCUGCAUGAAGGCCGCUUAUGACAGCGGCAUUAACUUCUUCGAUUGUGCCGAGGGCUACGCGGAGGGCAAGUCAGAGGAGGUGAUGGGCGAGGCAAUCAAGAAGUUCGGCUGGAAACGCAACGACCUCGUGAUAUCGACGAAGAUAUAUUGGGGCGGCGCGUUUGGUGACAACCCCGUUAAUAACAAGGGGCUAAGCCGGAAGCAUAUCAUCGAGGGUAUGAACGCCUCGUUAUCUCGUCUAGGACUCGAAUACGUAGACCUAAUCUACGCGCAUCGCCCGGAUAGACUCACGCCGAUGGAGGAGACGGUACGCGCCUUUAACCACCUGAUCAACACCGGAAAAGCGUUUUACUGGGGCACGUCGGAAUGGAGCGCCGACGAGAUCGCCCAGGCAUGGCGCUACGCCGACAAAUUAGGUCUCAUUGGUCCUGUUAUGGAACAGCCAUUAUACAACAUGCUGGAUCGCGAGAAGGUUGAGAAAGAAUACGCUCAUCUGUACCGAGAAGUUGGACUUGGACUGACGGUAUUUUCGCCGCUGAAAACGGGCAUCCUCUCUGGCAAGUACAAGAACGGAAUCCCCCCUGAUUCGAGAUACGCCCAAGAAUCGGUCGAGUUUAUUGCGGGUUUCUGGAAGCGGACAGGUAAGGAGAAGUGGGAGGGCAUCAUCGAGCAGGUGAAUAAACUAGAGCCCAUCGCGAACCAACUCGGCGUUAAGCAAAGUCAGCUAGCCUUGGCGUGGGUGCUCAAAAAUCCGAAUGUGAGCUCCGCCAUCACCGGCGCGAGUAGUGCUGAGCAGGUGUACGAGAACGUGCAAGCCGUCGAGGUUGUGGACAAGCUGACCCCAGAGAUCAUGGCGAAGAUCGAUGAAAUCCUGGAGAACAAGCCGCCUGCAAUUAUUGAAAGGUUUUAG